GCUAGCAUUAGGGCACGCCCCAAUUCCUCUCUUCUCGUCUCGACGACGCCAUGGGAUAUCCCGGAGCAGAAUGCGAGUAUGAAAGCCUUCGAAAGGCCCGAAUUUCAGAGAACAAGGCUAGAAUGGCCUCUCUUAAACUAAAUCGCUGUGCCGAUGAGCUUCGCUCCGCGGUUUCUUCUCCAAAAUCGAGUAAAACAAGCACCAAAAGUCCAGCCAAGGAGAAAGUUAAGGGCUUGGGUUCUGGUUCCCUUCGGCGCUCUGAUCGAUUGAGAGGGAAGCCUGCAAACUUAGAUCUACCAUCGGAACCUGAUUUUUCAGUGGCAGCACCAAGAAGAAAGUUGGCAACGCCGGCAUGGAGGAAAAUGGGGUUGGGAAGCCGUGGAGGUGGUGCGCGGGGAAGCGUCUAUGAUUCUGUGCUGGGGAUUUGCUGCCAUUUCUGCAG